AUGGAGUCAAAGGACAGCGAAUACACUAUGUUCUCCUCCACGGAGGAAGAAAUAUUUGCCCGCCAGUACCACGUACAGCAGACCAUUGGCUAUGGAACCUUUGGACAGGUGAAGAAGGCCUAUCACUGCCUCACAGACAGUGAGGUAGCAGUAAAAAUACUGGGGAAAGAAGAGUACCCUAUGCUGGUGGACAAUGAAGUAGAAAUUGUUAAGGCUCUGAAUCACCCUCACAUGAUCAGGGUGUACCAAGUGAUCCAGGGAGAAGAAUAUGUCUACCUGGUGAUGGAGAUGGCCACCAAGGGUAACCUCCAGAUGUGGAUUGAAGAAUCAGGGCACCUUUUUGAGGCUGAAGCCAGGAGGUUUCUGAAGCAGAUAGUAAGUGCUGUGCAGUACUUUCAUGUGAAUCAGAUCGCACACCUUGACCUAAAGCCUGACAACAUCCUACUGGAUGGAAAUGGUAACGCUAAGGUCAGUGACUUUGGGUUAAGCAUGAGGAUUGCCCCAGGGCAGCUGCUCACAGAAAUUCGUGGUGCCUAUGUGUACCGUGCCCCUGAAAUAUACCUGCGACAACAAUAUAACGGCUUUAAGGUAGAUGUCUGGUGCCUGGGCACCAUCUUGUUGUUUAUGGUUACAGGAAAUUUCCCGUUUAAAGGGAGCACUUCCAAUCAGCUAUGUGCAGAAAUUGUAGAGGGCAGGUAUGAUGUGCCAUCUCACCUGACUCCCAAAGGAUGUAACAUCCUUUGGCAGCUCUUAACAGUAGACCCACAACAGAGGCCAGAUAUACAUCAAAUUAUGGUACACCCAUGGUUUGAUCAAGUUGAGGAAGGCUGUCUGUAUCCAGAGGAGCCACUGCCCGACCAGUUGGACCCAACAAUUGUCACUAGAAUGUGUGACAUGGGAUACAGUAAAGCACAGAUAAAAAAAUCAGUACUGCAGAGAGCAUUUGAUGAUGUGAUGGCCACUUACUUUAUGAUUAAAGAUGGCCUAGAGGCAGUGAGGGUCAGUCAGGUGAAAGCUAAUUCAGAGUACUUGGAUUUUCAAACACAUACACCUGCCUUCCUUCUCUAUAGGAGAGCAAAUUUACCUUACCUGAUUCAUUCUCUGCCAUUACCAUCUCAGUUUCUGCUGACCUGUGAUGAGAAACAGAGGACAGGCAGAAGUGCCUCCCUACCUGCCAUUCCCCUCUGCUUCCUACAGACAAACUCCAGUCCCAGAAUCAUCUCACAGCAUGAUUUGGUGCCUGCAUUCUACUGCUUCUCCCUCCCAAAGAGCCAUGAGGGGAGAGAGAGCAGCAAAGCAAAUGCAAAAUCCCUGCCCUCUGCACAGCCCCAGGAUGAGAACAGAGUCUGGAGGCUUAGCAAGAGUCAGAGCUGUAAGGAACCUGGAAUGGGGCUUAGGAGAUAUUCCUGGUAUGGAAGUAAAGAGCUGCCAGGGGAGGCUGAACAGAAAGUUGACAUUGCUGUGAUCCCAGCAUACUCAGCAAAGACCUCUGGCUGCUCUUGUUUUGGGCAUAGAGAUAGCACAUCAGAGGAAUAUGUUCUUCCCUCUGGGCAGUCCCAGAAUGAUAGCAGAGACUCUGGAUCAAGAAGGAAACGGGGCAGGAAGGGACUAUUUACCCGGAUAACCAGUGCUCUUAGAAAAUUAUGCUGCUGUCUGCAAGCCCAGUAA